UCAUCUUUCGAUUACCGUUACAUAAACAUUUUUUCAUCGGCGGGUGGUGUCCGCGAGGCGUGACAUUUAUCCAGUGACUGUGUGACGGGUUACGCGUUCAGAGACAGCUUGCUUCAGCCUCCUCAGAGUCAACAACCGCGCCAUAUUGAGUUUCGUUGUUCGACGCUGGCCACGAUGGCGACGUCCUUCGCUGCAUUCGCCUCGCAGAUACUCAACAGACCACAGAAUGGCGAAACCAGUAUGGCCUCCUCUCAGCCAAUGUUCUUCUCAUUCACCACCGACAGCGGAUCUCGUGCCGAAUACGAUCCCGACACCGACCUGAAUGACCUCGAUGAUCCUCACCUGCAAGAGGGCCAGCUACGGAGUGGUAGCAUGGGUGGAAAUUUGCCAGAAAUCGGGGACGGAGAUGAUGAGGACCCGUAUCUUCGACUUGACGAGGAGGAAGCAAUGUAUUCGAGACAUGACUCGAGACACCGUGAUCUACAGUCACGACCGCUCAUCUCGCCGGAUCGUCUAUCAGAUCGGUCUGAGUCGCCUCAGGGCUGGCUGGCGUACCAGGCGUCCCCGAUGAGGGAUCCUUCGCCUUCACCGUCCGACUCGACAGACUCGUCGCCACCACCAGAAUUUCUCGCUGCUGCUUCCAAGAGUCGACCGCACCGGCCGCCGUCUAUUCCUCCACCUCCUCCCACAGGCAGACAGCCGGUCUCACUAUCGCUCACUGACUCACUACUACCUCGCGAUGGUACGGUCCGGCCACUAGAUGUUUUCUCACUGCCGGAUCCCCGGCAUGUUCCCAGAGGGCGGCGGAAGUUUAACGAUUUCAUAUGGACGGCGUUGUGGUGUACAGGAAUCUCGCUAUGCCUGCUGUUCUCAAUCAUAAUGCUGUUUACGACCUCCAAGCUCGACAAACCUCCGGCCACAUUACCAUAUACCACCCUACUGCACACAGUACCCCUCAUCACUAUCCUCACCUUUGUGAGUGCAUUCGUGGCAUACACACAUGUACUCCUUUUGCGGAUAUUCGUACGGCCUGUCAUGAUCAUAACGUCCGUAUUUAUCCCCGCGACGUUGUUCAUAUCUGCAAUUUGGGCGUUUGUAGGAAGUUUCAUGUGGGAUGGGGACACUGAGCCAACAUGGGGAGAAACUACAGGGCUCCGUCUGUUCUCUCUUCUUCCCUUAGCCCUGUCUAUUCUUACAGCUCGGAGACUACUCAGUCUUCCUAGGGAUAUACAUACCACAUCGUCGACAUUAACGUUGACCACUCAGCUCCUAAUGGCCAACCCUUUCCUUCUUGCGCUCUCCCCGACCAUCCUCCUCGCCACCCUCCUCGCAUCGAUACCGUUCGUCACGCUCAUAUUCCGUCUUCUCUUGAUCGGGUAUUUUACGCACCCUUAUGAAGGGAGCUCCUCUUGGGAAUGGCAUGUCAGGGGAUGGGCCAACUGGUCCAUUGCCGCGACAGUCGGCGUCUGGCUAUGGACAUGGGGCGUCGCGCGUGGGGUAUUGCGGAUGACGUGCGCAAGUGUGAUUGGCGCGUGGUAUUUUGCCAACCCCGAAGCCCUUCCGUCCCCCCCUAUGUCAACGCACACAAUUCAUGCCGCUUUGACGCGUUCCACGGGGCCCUCCCUGGGCACGGUCGUCCUUUCGGCCCUGAUUCUAACAGCUAUCAGACUUGUAACGCUUUUGACGCUCUUCUUUGAACGGUUGCCUCUGUAUAUGCCCGCUCGGGCGCUGUUCCUUGUUAGUGGGAUCCGAAUAGUCGUUGGCUUUUUGGAGGGUAUAACCACAGCAUUGAGCAAGUACGCGCUGGUGUAUGUCGGCAUAACCGGUGAUCCAUUCAUGCCGAGCGCGCGCAGGGCGAGAGCUCUAACCAAUAAAGUUGGCAGGCGCGGUUUUAGUGCCGAACCUCCAUUGACAUUAUUGACGGUGGCGCCAUUAACCCUAACUUUUCCAUUCGCCCUUUCAACUUAUUUGUUUGUCGCUCAUACCUUGAAUGCUCCGGACCAGGCUUUGGGCGCUGCAUUGUUAGCCGGUGGUGUUACUGCUCUCGUCGGACUCUUCUGUGUAGGACUGGUGAAAGACACUGCGGACACGCUAUACAUGUGUUAUUGCAUCGAUAAGGAUCUUGGCGAAAGAAAGCGUGAAGAGGUCUUCCAAGCUUUUGAAUAUGGAUACCCGUCGCAGGCGACACGCCGAUCUCCCGCUCAAGCUGCCACUUCACGACCACAGCAUCAAGCAACUCCGUCUAGCCGUUCUACUGAUGUUGAUAAUCUUGAAGACUGGCAACAGCCGUCGCCUCUACGGGUGUCUCAUCAAAGCGCACCGCCACCACCGCCUGCUCCGCAAAGCAUACCUGAAUCUGUGGAAGAAGAUGUGGACCCAUUCCAGCAAAGUUACCUGCAGGAUGAUUCGCGACUUCUACCCCAAGCAGAGCAAAGUUCCCAUUCCGCUCAGGCUGCGCAGAACUACAAGCACGACAGCGACAGUGAGGAAGAUGGCGAUGGAUCACAGUUUUUCCCUGGAUCGGGAUUUUUCUAGAUAUCGAAUUUAGACUUGAUCGUUCAUUAUUAUUUUUCUCUGGCGCCUUUCCCAUCUGUAACCCCUAGUAUAAUGUCAUGACCCUGUAGCUACUGUACAUAUAACAGAUGUCUUCUUUAAGUUUCCUUUGUUUAUCUUGGGCCACAUCGUUUUCCGAGCCUCCGCUUUUGGGCUGUCUUUACUCGAUGUGGUGAUCACCUCUUAGUCGGUUCUCGAGCUGCUGCUGACUUAUAUUUG